AUGGCUCAGAAGCGCCUACCAAAAGCUCGUUUAAUUCGCAGUUAUAUCCCAUUUAUAAUUUCAUUUCUUUUAGGAGUWUUAUUUGCAGUCUUGUUUUUGUGCAGUCAACAAAAUUCACCUCACGAUGUUCAGACGACGACCGAMAUCCCAAUCACAGAGAAACCCAUAACUAUUUCCGUGGCGGAAGAACCGCAGAUAAAUACUCAAGAAAUUACAACAGAGCAGCCCACUACUGAAUUAGUUCAAGCUACCAAAGAACCUUAUCCUCCAUUGAUAAAGAAAAAAGACCUUGUUGUUACUCCACGAUUAAGCUGCCCCGAAAAGUUAUUUCUUUUAAUUUUGGUUGUAACUUCAAGUAGAAACUUCCAAGCACGGAAAGCAAUCCGUCGCUCAUGGGGCGCAGACACUUCCAAGAAAAACSAAACUGAUUCAGAAAGCUUUCGGGUUGUUUAUGUUGUAGGUUCGGAYGGAGAAAACGAUAGACUGAUUACAAAAGAGGCAAAAAGAUAYAAGGAUAUUUUAAGAGGAAGCUUUGAAGACGUCUAUCGACAAAAUGAAGAGCAUACAGUCAAACCAUUAUUCGGGUUAAAAUGGAUGGCUUCGUCAUGUAAAKCUAAAUUUGUCCUUAAAGUCUCAUCAGAAAGYUUUGUUAACGUCCCUGCACUGAUAUCCUUUCUACGAACAAAAGACAUAGGUGACGAAGGUCUUGACAUGUAUACGGGAUUUUGUCAUGGUAAGAAUAUCGGAGGGGCAAAUAUCGUUAGAAAUCCAGGCAGCCCGUGGUACAUCUCGGAAGAUGAAUGGUCCGAGCCCCAGCUUCCUCCGUAUGCCUCUGGUAUGGGGAUUCUAAUGUCUUACGAUGUUGCUGAACGAGUAGUGGAAUUGUCUGUUAYGGAGAAACUUGUCCACGUAGAUGAUGUGUAUCUUGGUAUCAUGACAAAGAAGCUGUCAAUCACAUGUCAAGACCAGCCAUCAAAAUUUGACACCUCCUACACUACUAUGCUGUCUGAAUGCGAAGAUCUUACUUUUUGUGUCCUUGGAGGAGUUCCUUCUAAAGAUAUGUUUUAUUUGCUCCAAAAUGCUAACAACUUGAGAGAAAUUUGUUGAAUCAUUCGAUGA